GGGAACAGAAGGGGAACAAAAUAAUCAAAGAUCUAAUUAAUCAAUUAUUUUUACAAUUUUUUACUAUGUUUAUAAUAAAUAAGAUAUUUCAUUUUUUAAAAUUCUCUUUUUUUCUUUUAAUCAUUUCUAAUGUACAUGUACAUGUACAAGCACACGGAAUAUUGAAAUCUCGCCUAGCAGCAACUUCGCUGUCUACAAUUAUUGACAAUAUGAAAGGCAACGAUGAUGGAUUUUUUCAUCUCGAUAAUACGGGGAUUUUGCGAUCCUUCAACAGGGACAAUAAAGUUAUUGACUAUCAGAAACUUUCAAAGGAAGAUUUUAAUAUGCUAAGUAAAGUAUACUUGAACAAGGAGGCGAAAGAUUCUCUUAAACAUUGGUCAGAGAGUAGCUCUUUAAUUGAUGAUAGCGAAAUUUGGAAUCCAUUUCAUGAUCGUAUUCCUUCGUUCCAAUUACCAGAACUUGAAGCCAACAAAGAGAGUAUGGGACUGCAGUCACGUAAACUGAAUAUUUUGUCACCAUAUCGUGACCUUUGCACGCCUCUUAGUUGCCGUUGGAGUGUUGACUGCCGUCACCAGGAGCCGAGGUGUAAAUGGUGUAUUGAACAAGAUAGGGGUGAUACCUGGCUUGGAUAUUGUGUUGAGUAGCAAUAAUAAUUGUAAGCGUUGUUUUUUGUUGUCAUCUUUUAACAUAGGUUAUUUUCACCAGUUGCCACAUGUCAAAAGCUCCAUCAUACCUUUUAAUAUGUCCUGCCAUUUGUCUUGUCUCUUGGCUUGAUAUAAGUUU